AGCAUUCACAUGUCUAUAUAUAUCUCUCUCUAUCUCUCAAUCCACCACCACCCACUACUAUAAGCCUUCCAUCUUCCUCCCUCUUUCUCUUAGCUUAUAUCUCUCUACACUUGUUAAUACCCAUUGGCUGUAAUUGCACGUCCUUCUCACGCUGCUGCAAGCUCAACUUCCAUGCUUGUUGCUUCUCCGGUACUUGGAUAUAUCAUCCAUUUUGUUAGAUUAUAGUCUUAUUGUUCUUACCAGCUUUUUGUAAAUGGAGAAGGCCAUGGAUUUGGAGCAAAGGACUCUCACUGUAGUUGCUGAGCUGAUCCAAGGGAAAGGGCUAGCAGAACAUCUAAGGAAGCAUUUUAACUCUAUUUCGUCGCCUGAAACGCGUCAGUUCUUUGUUGAGAAGAUACUUUCGUCUUAUGACAAAGCACUUUCUAUGCUAAAUUGGGAUGCUUCUUGUGUGGUUGAAAUUAAGCCAGCAAUUAGUGCAUUGGAAUCACCACAUUGUUAUGCCAAUAUCAGCCCUAGGAGUGAUGUCUCAGAUCAAGACUGCAAGGAUCACAGAGAUGUUUACAAGAAGAGAAAGACAGAGUCCAGAUGGACAGAACAAGUGAAGAUUUGUUCUGGGACGGGCCUGGAAGGGCCACUUGGCGAUGGCUAUAGCUGGAGGAAAUAUGGCCAGAAAGAUAUUCUUGGAGCUAAUUUUCCAAGAGGGUAUUACAGAUGUACUCACCGUAAUUCGCAAGGUUGUUUGGCCACCAAACAAAUUCAGAAAUCAGACCAAGACCCUAAGAUUUAUGAGGUGACCUAUAGAGGAAGACAUACGUGUUUCCAAGCUUCUCAUUUAGCCGCAACAUCAUCUUCAACAUCUCUGAAAAAUGCCAAGACCAAACAAGAUAGCUAUAGCUGUGGAGCAGAACAACCUGAACAGAAACCAAAGCCAUUGAAUGAUUUAUCUUUCAACUCUACAGGAGUUAAAAGCCAGGACUUGGACAUCGUGGAGGACAUUUUUCCAUUAUUUUCCUUCCCAGAUUCUUCAACAGGGAAUGAAAAUGAGGAAAAUGAUUUCCUGGGUAGUCUUUCUCCUGCUUUGAUAUCUUCGUCCACCUCUGACUCUAGCUAUUUCGCUUUGUCGUCGUGCCACAUGAACAACUCCGAAAUAGAGGCGAGAACUCUGGAAUCUGAUUCAACCCAAAAUUCGGCUUCCAAUUCACCAAUUAGGUACUGGGAUAUCUCAUUAGAUGAUAUAGAUUUCGACACCAAUUUUCCUUUAGAAAACUCAUCUGUAUUUGCUUAAUUAAUACCAUCACCUGAGUUUGAAGGAUUAAUUGAUCUUGAUCCUAGCCAACACUGAGAGAGAUUAAGAAGAUGUUCAUACAUCUACUGUUGUUUCGACCUAGAGAUGUAUACAGUUAAUUUAGGCUGUUUUUUCCCUCUUUUUAAAUUAUCAAGUUCUUUUUCAACUUUUUUUUUUUUUCUAAAAAGAGGGACUCCAAUGGAUAUUGUAAUUUUUCCAUGUAUUCUUAAGAUGUUGAGCUAGGGUAAUAAAAUGGAUUAGGCUGCAAAUUAAGCCUUUCUGAUUUGAAAA